AUGUGCAUUAUCUAUCUAUCUAUCUAUCUAUCUAUCUAUCUAUCUGUCUAUUUGUCUGUCUAUCUGAACCUCUUCUGUCUGUCUAUCUAUCUGAACCUAUUUGUUUGUUUCUAUCUAUCUAUCUAUCUAUCUAUCUAUCUAUCUAUCUAUCUGUAUGUUUGUCUGUUUGUCUGUCUAUCUGAACCUCUUCAACCUAUCUAUCUAUCUAUCUAUCUAUCUAUCUAUCUAUCUAUCUAUCUAAACCUGUUCUUUCUUUCUUUCUUUCUUUAUUUAUUUAUUUACUGCAUUCAUUCUUCGAUGUCUCUAACUUAUUUGCUAUACACGCAAUCCUUUAUUAUUCCUCAUAACCAGAAGUCACAGGGUGUAAUUGGCCAAUAUUUCUUUACAGCUCCAAAGUUAAAUUUCUUUCUUUCUUUCUUUCUUUCUUUCUUUCUUUCUUUCUUUCUUUCUUUCUUUCUAUAA